CGGGUCGUUUUGUGAAUGAACGCUGACUGCAGCCCCCGCGGGGGGGGGUUAUUGUAUUGGGGGUUAUUUAUUGAUCCGGGCUUGACCUCCACCCCCCUCCCUGAUUUUGUAAUAAAAAGGGUUUCCGAGGAGAAAAUCUCUGCGUUUUCAAUAAAGACCUUGCACGGGGCGGGGGAGACGGAGGGAAGCCCGACGUCCCGGCCGCCGCCCCGCCCCCGCAGGCCCCCGGGCCCCGAUCCCGGCCGUGCAGUACCGUGCCGUGCAGUGCCGGGGCGGGGCGGGGCCAAGGCCGGGGCGGGCCGGGCCGGGCGGUGGCGGCGAUGCGGGGCGGCGCCGGGGCCCGCCUGGCAGUGCUGCUGCUCGGGCUCGGGGGAGCCGCCAGCGCCGUGGGCCGCUCAGGUUGUCCCCGUGCGGCCAUAUGAGGACUGGUGGGCCUACAAGGAAUCUUUGCAUGGCAGCUUUGUCCCCGGGCCGCCCUUCUGGGGCCUAGUAAACUCAGCAUGGAGCCUAUGUGCUGUUGGCAAGCGCCAGUCACCUGUGGAUGUGGACAGCAGCCAGGUGAUGUAUGACCCCUUCCUGCCUCCACUGCGCCUCAGCACCGGGGGCCAGACGGUGAGUGGUACCAUGUACAACACGGGGCGCCAUGUGUCCUUCCGCCCUGAGCAGCUGCAGCUGGUAAACAUCUCUGGGGGGCCCCUGCUCUACAGCCACCGCCUAGAGGAGCUACAUCUGCACUUUGGGGGCCAUGAUACCACCGGCUCCGAGCACCGCCUCGACCAGCAGCCCUUCCCUGCUGAGGUGCAGCUGAUCCACUACAACCAGGAGCUGUACUCCAAUGCCUCAGAGGCUGCCCGCAGCCCCAGUGGGCUUGCCAUAAUCUCACUGCUGAUUGGGCCAAAUUCCAACCCUUUCCUCAACAGACUCCUCAAUCGGGAAACCAUCACCCGGAUCUCUUAUAAAAAUGAUGCAUACCUGCUGCAGGACCUGCACAUGGAGCAGCUGUACCCUGAGAUAUUUGGGUUCAUCACGUACCAGGGCUCCAUGACAGCGCCCCCCUGCUACGAGACUGUCACUUGGGUCCUCAUCGAUCAGCCCCUCAACAUCACCUCUGUGCAGUGGAUGGUGCCAGACCUGCCCAAACUGUCAGCUAGCAGGCAGUUCCUGCACCUUCUGACCAGACAACAGGCCCCUUUCCACAGGGGCAACUGGGGAGUCCCCAACAAUAUGAGGGUCCCAGCCCCUUCCCCCUAACCAUGAUGCCAUCCCCUGAAGUGACAGGUGCUACGCUGGGUCACUGUUCGGAGGUAGAUUUGGGGGUGGAAUGAGGGUGAGGGUGUCUGUCUCAGUACUGCCUUCUCUUCCAAGGCUUCCCCAGUUUAGCUGUGGAGGGACCAUACCCCACAGUUCAGAGAUCAGAAUGCCCCUAGAGUUGUCCCCGGGGCUGACAGUGGCUAUCAGCCCUGCAUCCCAACACUAGGGAGAGGGUCCUUGUCUUAAAGUUUGCCUCCAGGGGCUG